UUUUUAUUGAUCGUAGAAGUUUACAAAUUUUGGUUUCAUAAACAAAUAAAACCGAUUCAAAUCCCAUUUAACAGCUAGAUUUGAUAAGUUGAUUACCCUAACUGUAUACAGUGCAAGAGGUCUGCAUGGACCACCGAACAAGGAAAAGAAUCCGAGAGGCAAAAUCGAAGGCAAGACCAGAACUAGAAACAGAGAUAAAUGGAUGGCACAGAUUUAAUUAUGCCAAUUCAUUUGAUUGUGGACUACAUACAGUGCAUGACAAUGUAGAUAGAGUUGAUGCACGGUUUGUGUCUAUAGAGGAGUUCAGAGAAAGAUAUGAAAGAACAUACACUCCUUGUGUUAUUGCUAAUGACCAGUUAGAAUGGCCUGCUACAAAAAAAUGGUCAACGCAUAGAUUAUCCAAGAAGUUUAGAAAUCAGAGAUUCAAAUGUGGUGAAGAUGAUGAUGGAUAUUCUGUCAAACUAAAGAUGAAAUACUUUGCAGAAUACAUGCAUGACAAUACAGAUGACAGUCCACUGUAUAUAUUUGACAGUGGAUAUGGAGAGCAUCCAAAGAGAAAAAGACUGCUUGGAGAUUAUGACGUUCCAAAGUAUUUUAAAGAUGAUUUGUUUAGUUAUUCUGGUGAAGGAAGAAGACCUCCAUACAGGUGGUUUGUUAUGGGACCAGCAAGGUCUGGUACUGGCAUUCAUAUAGACCCUUUAGGAACCAGUGCCUGGAAUGCUCUAGUCAAAGGAUAUAAAAGAUGGUGUUUAUUACCCACCAAUACACCAAAGUACAUGUUAAAAGCCAAGAGAGAGGAAGGAGGGAAACAGAGAGAUGAAGCUGUAUCCUGGUUUACUUAUGUCUAUCCUAAAAUUAAAUCUCCAUCUUGGCCCAAGGAAUUCGCUCCAUUGGAGAUUCUACAGGGACCUGGAGAAACCGUAUUUGUACCAGGUGGUUGGUGGCAUGUUGUUGUUAAUUUAGAGGAUACUAUUGCUGUUACACAGAACUAUUGUAGUGUUGUUAACUUUCCAAUUGUAUGGCAUAAAACUGUUCGUGGUCGUCCAAAGUUAUCAAAGAAGUGGUACAAAACAUUAAAGAGGGAGAGACCUGAGGUAGCUGAAGUAGCAGACAAAGUAGAUCUGAAACAACCCACAGGAUUCAAUUCUGAUAGCUCAAGUUCUGGAUCAUCAAGUUCUAGCUCGAGUGAAUGUAGUACAUGUGAAAGUUCUGAUGAUGAAACACAAUCAAAAUCAAGGAAAAGGAAAAGAACUGGAAGUAAUAGGUCACGAUCAAUCACACCAAAUGGCACAGUUCAUGACUCGCUUCGUCGUCAGAGAUCUUACUCUUCAGACAGCAGUGGAGGGAGUAAAACUACAGGCCGGAGCAUCUCAAGUACACCAAAGAAUUGUAGAUAACAAAGAUACUGAUAUAAUGUACAAAACUUUAUUUAUUUUUGUAUCAAGAGUUAGUGAAAGUUGACAUCAGAAAGGGUUUAGAAUAUUGUAAUAAACUCAAUUGCUUCUCAGCUGUUUCAAAAAUGUUGAAAUCGUUUGUUUAUUGAAAAACAUUCAAAACCAUAGAUAUGUUUCAUAAUGUUUUAUUUUUUUUUGUCAUUUUCAACCAAUGAAUGAUUAAUGAAAGUGUCAUGAAUGGGUAUUUAUCAAUUAAAAUACUGUGGAUUCAUUAUUAUUUGUAAGGUUUUGUUGGUACAGGUGAACCAUAAAUUUAAAUGAUCUACCGAAAACAAGUUUCCAUGAAAAUGCAAGGUUUCUGCAAUCCUCGAAGUUGGUACCCACGAAAAUAGAUGAAUCCACAGUACAAUUGAUUUCAUGCUUUGAGAAAUUAAUUGGGGAUAGAAAAUUGAAUUUGCAUUCUUAAAGGUAUUUUUUCAAAGCUCUCUUGUUGGAUGUUUGUAAGACUUAACUACAUAGUUUGUUAUCAUUUACCAUCAAAACUCUCCCUGAUGCUGUAUAACAAGUUGUAAUUGAGAUAACCUCAUUUAUUUUGUUUUAAUGGUUCUCAAGAGAAGGAUCUUUGAGAUUAUUUUUUUAUUUUUUUGUAAGCUUUUUUUUUUUAAAUAACUGUGUGAAAAUGUUGAAACUGAUAAUGUUUAAAUUAUUUCCUAUAAUUAUGUUACAUGCACUGUUAAUAAUUAUGUUGGCAUAUAGACUAUAUUUAAAGCAGUUUUGAAGCAUCUUUCAGGUCACACAUAAUUAUUUUUCAAGGUCAUAGACCCUUCCAUGCAGUAUUCUUUCUUUAAUCUCAUAUUUUGUUGACUUUUAAAACAAACUUCAAUUUGAUUUGCAAUUUUAGAGAGAAAACAAACAUUAUACUUUAAGCAUAUUUUUAAAAGAAUGUGGAUACCAUUGCCUAAAUUUCCAGACAAAUAUUAUUUAAGGAAGCCUGAAUAUAGUUUCAAGCAGAGAGGUUUUAUCCAAAACAUAUUGUCAACAUUGCAGUAUUUUCUAGUUCACAAUAUGUUAUUUCAAUAGAAUUCAUAUUACAUUGAUAAUUCUUAUGUACAUAAAAGUUGUUAGCUUUUGUUCUGUAGAAAGUUUUAUUUCAAGAUUAAUAUUUAUGAUAUGUGAUUGACAUUCAAAGAAGUAUUGUAUACCAUUAAUAGGGCAUAGAUUUUACAUCUUAGAAAUAUAGUGAUGUCCAACAUUGUUUAUUCAGAAUCUAUAGCAUUCAGUAAUAUUUCACGCAUUAUGAUUGGUCGCUUGAACAAUAGGUGUUUAGCCAAUAGGGUAACAUUAAUUUAAUUAUGGUUUAUAAAUAAUUGAACUCUUGUCUGCUUAUAGUCCUUUAGCUGCUGAAAAAAAGAAAUUUCUUCAAAAGAUAUUUAAUAUUUUGUACCAACAAUAAAGAGUUAAAACACACAUGAGAUGCACAGUUAUUUUACUGUCAAAUUUUCACAUUGACAAAAACUAAUUUUUACCCAUCACUUACCCACUGUUUUAACAAAAGAUACAGUCACGUUCCUGUCAGAAUGAGAAUUACUGACCUGAGGAGUUAAAAUUGACCUUACCAUAGGUCUUGCUGGGUCAUUAGUGAUAUAUUAUCACCAUAAAAUCUCAUAAUGAUCCACAAAAGACUUUAAUUAUAUAAUGUCAUCAAAUCAUCAAUUUCAGUUUUGUGACUUUAUACUGGUCAUCUUUGAAAGUAAUUAUUACAAAAAAUGAUGUAAAUAAAAAAGACGAGAGUCAUUUGUAUAUUAUUAUAUAACAGUGAAAAAUCCUGAAUCUCUGCUUUAAUGGAUUUCUCCAAUCUAGAGUUUUGCUGGAUUUUAAUCUAAACAUUUCAAGAACAAAAUGUUUUUGCUAGGUACAGAUUUAAAAAGCGCACAAUUAAAAUUGCAAAACUUACUCUGUAACUGGUAAAAAUUAAAAAUUUCUUAUUCAUUAUACUUUUUGAAAUAAUAAUCUUUUACCCUACAUUUAACCCUGCAAACAUAUCAAUCAUGACUUGUUAAUAUUGUAAAUAAAACAUAGAAUAAACAGAAUAUUGUAUGGCUAUAUUAUAUCAUGUCUCAUAUUAACUUCAUCCAUAUUUGCAUCUUAUUUUAAAACAACAUGAGAUAAGAUACUUUUAAGUCAUUUCAGUAUUUUUUUUGUGAAAAGAGCUCCUGAGCCUCAGACACAACUGUCAAGUUGAUAUAUGAUGUAAUAUGGCGAAACCUGAAACUGUUUAUUUUCUAUUUUUAUAUUAAUCAAAAUGUCAAAUUUUAACCAUUACAUCAUUGAUCAAUUUGUCUUUUUUUUUUUUACUUUCAUUUGCAUUGAACUAUUCAUACUCUUCAUAACUCAUUUGUUUUCUUUCGAUAUUAUAUCAGUUCAAAUAUUCAUCAAAUACAUUCCCAACUAUUACUUUCUAUGGCCCAGCAAUAGGAAUACAAUAUAAAUAUGAUAAAUUUCAAAACUUUUUUAACUUCUUGGUAGGGAUUGACCUUAAUGACUUUUGGAUAGGGCUUUAACCUGAAUAACUUUUUGGAAGGGGCUUGAUUUAUCUGACUUUUUGGUAGGACUUUGGCUUUUUAACUUUCUAGUAUGUCCUUGCCUUAUUUUUAAAAAACAAAAAACAAACAAUAGGCAUCAGCGAAGCAAUGAAUUGUCACAGAUUUGGUAUUAAGAUGAUAAAGGUGCUUGGUUUUUUUCCCAUAAACAUAUGAAAAAAAGGACUAGUGAUAACUACUGCAAAUAUUGAGAAGUGCCUUUUAAAAAACAAUAUUAAUUCUGAUGCAGAGUUCUUAUCAAACAUAUUGUGAAUUUUGUAUUAUAAUGAAUGGUCUUGAUUACACAAUAAAACCUGUUUCCAAUAACUAAAUCAUGUACAAGCUGAGCUAUUUUUAUACUGCUAUAAGUGUAGUCAGAUUGGAUUUACCAGACUUUUUGUACAUAUAUUAUUGAAAAUUACUGUCUGUAUGUUGAUGUAGAAUUUUAUUUUAAUGUAAACAAAGAGCACCUUUUUGUGGAAUUUUGUGUUUGUGUUUCAUAUUCUGAUUUUCACAUCUUUUGAAUAAAUUUGGACUUGGCCAUACACAGAAUAGAAAUACCUGUAUCUUUACAUAAUACAAAUGAAGUGUUUUUUCUAAGACAAUGUAAAGUCAUAUGUCUCCUAGUCUGUUUAACUAUAGACUGUAAGGUCUGCAAGAUCUGUCACAAAUAAUCAUUAGUCUUUUACAAUUCCUCUAACUACCUGUCAUUUAAGGUCACAAAUGUUUUGUACUGUGUGAUAAUUGAAAUGUUAUUCAAAAUAUUACAUUUUGUUAAACUGUUCUCUAAAUAAUGACUCAAUGAUCACAAAACUUUGCAAAAUGAUGAAUUACCUUUUGUGGUGUGGUUGCAUACAAAAUACAAAGUGCCUCUUAUAUUCACCUUAAAUUACAUAGUUUACCCCUCUCAUCAUACCCCAAAGAAACAGGUUGGUGUGGCAAUUCAUUUGAUCAUUUGCUGAUCACAGUUUGUGUCAGUAAUUCUUUAAACCUGUAAUUUGGGUUGAACAAAAAUUUUAAAUAAUAAAAGAUUUUUAAUUUUGAAUCAUUAAUGCAUAGAACAUUUACUAUCAAAAAAUAUUUAACUGGGUUUUCCAAUGGAAUGGGUUUGUAUGACUAAUGAACAGUCAUUUGGGUGGAUGGCUCUAGUUUAGUUCAUGCAAAAACUUAUGAACUGUUCAAAUGGAUGAGGAGGGGUAGUGGUAUGUUAGCACAUUUGAAAUGAUGCCAACACAUCUUCUGACUUCAAUAUGCAUACACAUUGUAUUAUUGUAUUAUUGUAAAGAUUAUCAUAAAAGUAUGAUGCACAAAACCUUAAACUACUUUUACUGUGUAAUAGAAGUCUCAGUUAAAACAUGUAAAUUUCUUGUAUAGAUGCAAGUUUCCUUUAAUUGUUAGGAGAGUUAUAAAUUAUGUUAUAUAUUAAAAUUGAUAACUUUUA